AUAUACAGCGUCCGCAAGCACACACAACACACAUUCUGCUGCAAAUAGAUUGAUAUUUCAGCAAUGGCAGCAGAGGUUGAUGUAGUGAAGAACAAGCAAGUGCUGUUGAAAGACUAUGUUACUGGAUUCCCGAAAGAAUCAGAUAUGAUCAUCAGCACAGAAAAUACCAUCAGCUUGAAAGUGCCAGAAAACUCAAGUGGGGUAUUGGUUAAGAACCUCUACUUGUCAUGUGAUCCUUUCAUGAGAGGUCUAAUGCGAAAGCCGGCGCCCAAUAGUAGAACCCCGUUUCCCGCUUACAAGCCUGCCUCUCCUAUUUACGGGUUUGUGGUAGCUAAAGUAGUGGAUUCAAGCCAUCCAAAGUUCAAGAAGGAUGACUUGGUAUGGGGACUGGCUGGAUGGGAGGAAUACAGUCUCAUUGCAGAAACUGAUUUGCUUUUCAAGAUCGAACACACAGAUGUCCCUCUUAGCUACUAUACUGGAAUUCUUGGUUUGGCUGGCAUUACUGCCUAUGGUGGAUUUUAUGAGGUCUGUAAUCCCAAGAAAGGAGAGAAAGUAUUUGUCUCAGCAGCAUCUGGUGCAGUUGGCCAGCUCGUUGGACAAUUUGCAAAGCUGACAGGCUGCUAUGUAGUUGGAAGUGCUGGAAGUAAAGAAAAGGUUGAUCUUUUGAAGAACAAGUUUGGUUUUGAUGACGCUUUCAAUUACAAGGAAGAACAUGACUUGGAUGCUGCUUUAAAAAGGUACUUCCCUGAUGGAAUCGAUAUCUACUUUGAAAAUGUCGGUGGAAAGAUGCUAGAUGCUGUCCUUCAAAAUAUGAACAUGUUUGGUCGAAUUGCUGUUUGUGGAAUGAUCUCACAAUACAAUCUUGAUGAACCUGAAGGAGUAAAGAACUUGAUGUGGCUCAUUCACAAGCGAAUCAACAUGCGAGGAUGUUCUGCCGCUGAAUACUAUCCCCUCUACACAAAAUUUUUGGAUCUUAUGUUGCCUCAUAUCCGCGAGAAAAAGAUAACAUAUGUGGAAGAUAUCGCUGAAGGACUUGAAAGUGUCCCUGCAGCCCUUGCAGGUCUCUUUAGAGGUCGCAACGUUGGAAAACAGGUUAUCGUAGUUGCUUGUGAAUGAAUUCUGCUUAACACAGAAAUUUUGUCACUUUUUAUCAAUCUAUAGAGUGGUUUCCUGCAAUAAACUCUCCCUAUCCAGUUCAGCUUCCUUUUUCUGGAUGAUGAGGGAAUACUGUUGUAAGGUUGAGAAUGGCUACUUAGAAAGGCUACUAUUGUAAGUCCCAGUGCACCUUUUGAUUCACUUCAGAGUAUAUCAGAAAGUGUUUGAAGGUUUCAAUUUCAA